AUGUCAGUGCAACUGGAAUCAGAAUCGAAUGCUGCGAAGCUACCAUUGAAUGAUGCGGAGUCCAAUUUCCAACUUGAAGAGUCUUCUGCGCCAUCCUCUCCGUUAAAAGCCGAGGAAACUCUCCGCGGGUCCUUGCAAGUGGUGGGAGUAUUCUUAAUUAUCUUCAAUGUUUGGGGCCUUACCUUUGCGUACGGAUCCUUCGAGAGCUUCUAUGCUCUGACUUACAUCCCUAACUUCUCAGCGUCUGCAAUAGCAUGGAUCGGCACAAUACAGAGCUGGCUACUCAUCGUCUCCGGUCUCAUCUCGGGUCCUCUCUUUGACCGCGGCUAUUUCUCGAUCAUGAUUGGCGCUGGUGCCUUUCUGUCCGUAUUUGGCUUCAUGAUGUUGAGCCUUUCUCAUGACUAUUAUGCUAUAUUUCUUAGCCAAGGUGUAUGCAUGGGACUUGGUUUUGGUCUAUUGUAUAUCCCUAGCAUCGCGCUUAUCAGUCGAUCAUUCGUUCGCAAGCGAGCUGUUGCUUUGGGUUUCGCGACAAGUGGCGCCCCUGCAGGAGGUAUCAUCUAUACAGUCAUGUUCGAUCGGCUAAUUUCGAAUCUGAGUUUUGCAUGGACAGUCCGCGUCAUGGCAUUUGUGAUGUUGUCACUUUUCGUCAUUGCUGCCGUUCUGUUGGUGACCCUAGGAAAGGGUGUAUCGACGAUCACGAACGACCAACGAAAGAAACUGAUUGAUAUCCGUGCUCUGAGAGAUCUUCCGUUCUGGAGUUUUACUGUUGCUAAUUUCCUCCUUUAUCUCGGUUACAUAACACCCUUCUAUUAUAUUCCAACUUAUGCACAAACUAAGCUUGGAACUUCGCCGAGCAUGGCCUCUUACGUGCUCAUCAUAUCACAAGCAUGUUCAAUUAUCGGUCGUGUUGGGACCACCAUCUGUGCCCACUACUUUGGUUCAAUGGUGUCCUGGAUAUUCUGUGGCAUACUCUCCGGAAUUUUAUGCUUUGCUUGGAUCAGUGCAGAUACUUUGGUGCGAUUUAUUCUUUUUGCAGCCUUUUAUGGGGGUAUCUCUGGUGCCUUGAUUCCUCUCCCGCCUAGUGUAUUCUAUCACGUCUGUCCAGACUCACAAAUCCUUGGCACCUGGCUUGGAAUGGCUCAGAGUAUCAGCAGCUUCGCAUCGCUUUUGGGGCCACCUAUCGCAGGAGCGCUCGCUUCGGUUGGCUCUCAUGGUAGUGCCGAUCUCAAUUAUCUCAACAUACAGUUGUUCGGAGGAAUUACGAUGAGCAUCGGUGCCUUUGAGCUGUUAAUCUUGUGGUACUUGCUAUGGAAAAUCAGGGGUAAAAAGGGCUUCUUUUGA